CCCCCCCCCCCCCCCCCCCAAAAAAAAAAGAAAUGGGAUUGAAAAGAUUUUUACUUUUGGAUAUAAGAUAUUACUGCUUUUGAGCAAAUAAAAAUGAAAAAAAGGAUAAAAAAUUCUCAAGCUUGGUGUGGUGCCUCAAACAAAUGUUACUCGAUCGAUAUAUACAAAAUAUUACAGCUAGUAGUAAACUAAAUUAACUAUGUGUUGGAAAUAAUUAUUCAAACUACUUUGAAGCUUUGCUUAGUUGUUCUUCUCUCAUCUCUGUCUAGCAUCUGAUCAUUCCCUUCUAGUUACCUUCUACCUCUGUUAUUCUUAAAUUUCCUGUUAGUAUUUGUUCAUUUUUACCUUGUUUCUUGAAUUCUCAGUUGUAAUUUUUAGAUUCACAAGUAUAAUAUACGUUAGAGUUGUGUAACUAAGUUCGUCUGUAGUUCCGCAAAAACAUAUUUAAUAAUUUGAAAAGUGUCUUUGAGCUAUUUUAAAAAAAACAAAAAAAGUAAUCACAACCAAGCAAAAUCAAAAUGUGUUUGAACUGAAUUUGCAAGGUUAUAAGUGAUGAUUUAGAAGUGAAAAUUUUGCAGUAUUUUUCUUUUCAUUAUAUAAGUAUUGCCUCAAUUCAUGCCCUAAAAGUUUCUUUGAACUUUUGUUUCGGUGUUUGGUGUCACGUUGGAGUUAGACUAGUUCGGAAUCUGAAUCACUCACAAGCUACACUAAUUUGAAUCAGUCUCAUUGAAACCCGACAAGUUCAAAUUAAUAAUGCUAGAGCCAGACUGACCAAGAAUUUUUUCAAAUACAUGACUCGAAACCAAAACUUCUGAUUGUUUUCGGAGUUUAACCAAAGCAAUUUUAUCAGCAUCCCUGAUUCAAUCUCCUUCAUGGAAAUUUGUUAGCAAUGAGCUGAUGUUCAUCCCCUUCAACUCCCUUCUUUCUCAACUCUCAAAGCUAAAGCUUCCCAUCUCAACAACCAAGCAGCUUCACGCUAUCAUAAUCAAGACUCAUCUUUCACAAGACCCAUUUUACGCUACUAGAAUUCUACGCUUCUACGCUCUAAACUACGACAUUAUCUCUGCACACAACGUGUUUGAUAAAACUCCCCACCGAAGUAUUUAUCUCUGGAACUCCUUAAUUCGAGCUUAUGCUAAAGCCCACAAAUUUAAAGAUGCAUUUUUACUGUUUAAGGAUAUGGUUAAUACUGAAAUAAAGCCUGAUAAUUUCACUUACGCGUGCCUUGUUCGAGCUAGCUCUGAGAAUUUUGAUGUGCAUAGCUUGAGGAUUUUACAUGGAGGGGUUGUGCUAUCUGGGUUGCAGUGGGAUUUCAUCUGUAGUAGCCAACUUGUAAGUGCUUAUUCAAGAUUGGGUUGUAUAGUUGAUGCAAGAAAAGUGUUUUCUGGGAUAAUUGAGCCGGAUUUGGUUCUAUGGAAUUCGAUGAUAUCGGGUUAUGGGUGUCUUGGAGAGUUGGAGAAGGGGAUGGGAUUGUUUAGUAGAAUGAAGAAAGUGGGGGUGAGGCCUGAUGAAUACACAAUGGUGGGGUUGAUUAUGACUAUUGAUGAUCCUAGUGUGCUGAAAAUGGGUGAAGCAAUCCAUGGAUUUUGUUUAAGGCUUGGUAUAGAGUCGAAUGAUCAUGUGAACAGUCUUCUUGUUGGUAUGUAUUCUAGGUGUAAACGUAUGGAUUCAGCGUUUAGCGUCUUUCAUAGACUUGUAGAACCUGAUUUAGUUACAUGGUCUUCUUUAAUUGGCGGUUUUUUGUUUUGUGGUGAUAGUGUUAAGGCCUUGGAUUUCUUCAGAGAAAUGAAUAUGAAAGGUGCAAAGGCAGAUGCAUCGUUGAUAGCCACUGCACUGACUGCUUGUUCUCAGUUGGCAAAUGUACAACCAGGCAGCGAGAUACACGGUUCUGCUUUUCGACAUGGAUAUCACUUGGACGUUAUGGUCUGCUCUGCUCUAGUUGACAUGUACUCAAAAUGUGGAUUCUUGGAAUUGGGAUAUCGAGUUUAUAGGACUAUGGCUAUCAAGAAUAUUGUUUCAUACAAUUCAGUUAUUUCAAGUUUUGGUUUAUAUGGACUUGCAUCUCAGGCCUUUCAGGUAUUCGAGGAGGCACUAGAGGAAGGGCACAAACCAGAUGAAGCUACUUUUUCUGCACUCCUUUGUGCAUGUUGCCAUGCUGGCCUUGUCAAUGAUGGUCGAGAAUAUUUCAGAAUAAUGAAAGAUCAAUUUGGCAUCUCAGCUAACACCGAACAUUAUGUUUACAUGGUUAAACUUCUCGGAAUGGAAGGACAAUUAAGUGAAGCUUAUGAACUUGUCCAGUCUCUGCAAGAACCAAUUGACUCUGGCAUUUGGGGGGCACUAUUGUCAUGCUGUGAUGCUCAUAGAAAUUAUGAGUUGGCAGAAAUUGUAGCUUAUCGUCUUUUUGGUAAUAAGCCAGAGAAUAGUAGUUACAGAGUUAUGCUGUCAAAUAUGUAUGCUAGUGAUGGGAGGUGGGAUUUGGUAAAUAAGUUGAGAGUAGAUUCUGGAUCAACAAAGUUGAAACUUCCUGGUAAAAGCUGGAUUACUAGUAAAAAUCAUUCCUUUGAAAGGAACUCUUGAGGUCUCUCCUGUGAUGCAUCUUUCUCAAGUUCUCUUGGUUGAAUCUAGGAUCAGAAGCUGCUAGUGGAGGUCUCUGUUCUCUACAAAAGUUCAAUCAGACUGGUCGCUCUCUGACUGCUCAAGAACGGUGAGAAAUGAAUGCAGCUAUGGAAUAAAAAGGGCAGCCCUGUGCACCAAAGCUCCCGUUAUGCACGGGGUCUGGGGAAGGGCUUGGACCACAAGCAUCUAUUUCUGCCCGCAGCAAUGGAAUAUUUUUGGAAAAAUAGAGGAAAGCAGAACUCUUUCUUUUUCUUCUUAGAGAGAGAAUUAACUUGGGAGUUACUGUUGUUUGUUGUUUGUUCCUAAAAGCAUGUUUCAUUUUCUCGCUUGUACAUUGGCAGAAUUUGUGUGAAGCAUUUACAAGAUUAUGCAUCUGAUGUAGUGUUAGAUGGAGGUCUAUGUGGUUCUGACAUCACUGCUUAUUUGUUACUCUGUACCCUUUAAUUAGAAACUUUGUAGAAUCACCCUUAAAACUACAGGUGUUAAAGUUAGAUUAAUGUCAUUAUGAUGACAACUUGUCACCAGAAUCAAUACUCCAGUGGAAUGACAAUCAAACUUUUCCAUCUUCUCUUCAAUUGUUUGCAUUAGUGUUUGCGCUGUUGCUUAAGGUUUUAUUAAGGAUGCUUGGAAUUCACAAAUUUGUACUACAUGAUUAUUGAUUUCCCAGUAUAGAAAAAGAAGGGGAGAAAAAAAGAGAAUGAUAAAUGAAAUCACGAUACAGUUUUUCUGUUUCUAUAAGUAACUUGUACAGGCUGCUGUAAUGUCUCAUGAAAUCUUGAUCAUUUGGAGUGUGGAUUAAAUCUUAGCUGUUGUGUAGUAUGAAGGAAGUUAUCCUUUGAGCCCUUAGGACUUUGGUCUAGUGGUAAGAGCAUAGUGCGUGCUGUGUGGUUUAGAUGCACGUGUGACGUGAUGGAUUCAAACCCUGCUACUGAUAAAGUCUGGUAAAUAAGUGGAGAAGGGUAGAGGGUGGGCCUACUAUCUAAAAAAAGAAAAAAAGGUUAUUCCUUUGAAUGGAUUUGCUUUGCAUAAAUUUUGAAGAAUAAUCAUAUUGCUAUAGCUCUAUAUGUGGACCAUCUUAACAAUUGGUGUAAGUUUUCAUAUUUUGUGCAAGCAUGCGCGCUUCUGUCAAUAUUGACAUCUUUUAGGCUGGCAUUUUUAUUAUACAACUGGUUGCUCAGGCAGUUUCGGAAUCCUUAACUCUAAAUGUAAUUUUCGUGCUCUUACCGAUCACUAUUUAAAUGUUGCUCAAAUGGAAAAUUUGCAUCGAGACUCCGGAACUCUUCUAAAAUUCACACACGUUUAAAUGUGUUAAAGGCGCAUAAGCCGAUCUAAAAAAGGUCUUUUAGUUAUAUCCUUUCUGUGUAAGCGGAACUUAUGAAUAACUUUUCUAGUUUAACAUACUUUUCUUUCAAUUUGUAGAAGGGCCUGAUGGUCGAAGGCUUGAAGCUCUCCUGGAUCGCAAAUUUAGUUUCCUGACCAUUUUGCUACCUCAAGUGAAAGGUGUCACAGGUUUGAAACAACUCUCUUCCAUAAGGCAAGACAGCUGGUGGAUUCGAUUUGUUCAGUUGUUAUCUUUGUGCUUCAAAUUUGUUGCUUCUCAAGGACCCAAAGUAUUUAUAAGAAAACAUUAUGGCAAUUCAAAGCAUCAAAGCUAAAGUUAAUAUUAGAUAUUGUACUCAGCCUUCUGCAGAGUUGGUACCUAUGCUGCAUAUGAUGAGAUCCUUGUAAUAGCCUCUUCCUUGAGCCCUGGAAGACGACAAGUUAUAAGAAUUAUCAAGGCGCGCAUGUAUUUAGCAUUUAAUUAAUAAUUCUUGAAGUUUGAUUAGAAGUUUGAGUGCUACAUAAAUGUUGAAUGUAUCAAGGGAAGAUGGUCCAAUUUGUUAAAUUGUGUUAAGAAUUUAUUUCUAUUC